UGCAAAACGCAUAGUGACUUUUUUAUCGAGUCAUAAMUACAAGCUAUGGUCAAGAAUACGAUGCCAGCUGUGUUAGAUAAGAGUCCCCGAAGCUAGUUUUUAGUAACUUUGCCAAACAAUUAUAGAUUUAAAAAAAGAAACAUGAACAAAAAUGAAACCAAAGCGCCACAAGCCUUGAAAGAAUUCUUGUUGUACAUCUUUUCCAUCCACUGGUGAAAAACUAUCGCGAGACAAGGCCAGGCUGCAUAGGAGUUUCACCAUUAACACAGGAAGUUGCAUCAUAUUGACCAUAAAACCAGAAUGUGGUCAGAUAGUGUUACAUUUUCACGCGACAAUGGGAACGAUUGAUUACGAUUAUGAAGUACAGCUUGAUGUAAAUUCGUGGUAUGGUGUUUUCUCUUUACUGGACGUUAAAGACAAGCAAAAUGUCGCUCAGGUCAGUCGUUAUUGGAAGGAGAUUGUGUAUCUUCAAUCAUUGUGGAAUAAUGUCUGUGUAACCCUUGGAAGCAUUGAUUAUUCCUUGGCUACGAGUUUAAAACAGCGUAGAAUAACUCGUAUCGUGUGCCGUGGUUCGAAUGACGAGGACUUGGCGAUAUUGUUUGAUGCAAACCCUCAUAUCACAAGUUUGAAGAUAGAKGGAUGUCGUCAAGUUACUCAGCAAUUUCUGCAGCGAAACCUGAUCACGUUGAACGAGCUAUGUUCCCUGCACAUAACAAGAUGCCCAGUUGACAUCGAGACGUUAUUUCAAGAAAUCUCACUWACUGGCUUACUAAGUCGUCUUAAAAGCGUCACACUUCCAAGUCUAAAUAGCUCAAGUUUUCCAGAUUUGAUAAAGAAGCUCCCAGGCUUAGAAGAAAUAGAUGAUGAUGAUGAUGAUAGCUUUGAAAUGAAUGAUUGUGAUAAUUGCAUUAAAAUCUUAGUACAGUCGUGUCCAAAACUUCAGAGUUUGAGACUUAGAAGAUUAUACAAUGGUAUAAGUCAAGAGACCUGGACCACGGUUUUCAAAGGACUUCCUCUCAGAUGUAUUGAACUGCGUCGUUGUAUAAGUUAUUAUCUUAUCGUUAUUGCUGAUAAUUUACCAAACCUUGAGUCCUUGAAGACUGRUUCUCUAGUAAUAGAUUCUAAAAAUGAGGUGAUUGAUGCAGUUAAMAAACUCAAAAACUURAAAGAGUUUUCCUUUUCAAUAUAUGACCCAUAUGAUGAUGAAUAUCUCGACCAAAAAGAAGAGGAAUUAUUGCAUGAAAUUUCUAAAAUGAAACAAUUAGAGUCUCUUAAAGUCAGACUUCUCGAGACAACAUUUACUGGGGAAACAAUAUACWCUCUUGUUGAAUCCCUKYCCAAGUUGAGMUCACUUGAACUGWGUCCAAUUGGAAAUAUUAGUUCUGAAUAUGCAGAUCUGAUAGGAGAACGACUGACAAAGGUAAAGUCAUUGAAAGCUAUUGCUGAAAAAGAUGCUGCUGCUGGAAUUGUAGCUUUCUCCAACCACUUGACAAAUYUAACAGAUUUGACUAUCGUGCACCGYGAGCUUCUUAAUAGAGACAUGAAAGAAAUAACGUCUGGUCUCUUGCCAAGUAAACUCAAGUCCUUCAAUGUUGCAGGGAGUGAAAAAAUAAGGGACCAGGGACUGACUUACAUUGCCACAGGUCUCAAAUCAUUGACUAGUUUGGAUAUAUCUUCAUGUAGCGUGAGUGAUGUUGGUUUAACCAUCAUCAGUGAAAAUUUAAAGUAUCUUAAACAGCUGAGAGUUACUGGGAGAAAGGUUACAAAUCAAGGUGCAGUUAUGAUUGGUAAGCAUCUCAAAGCCUUAGAAAAACUAAAAAUAAGUGGCACAAAGAUUAGUGAUCAAGGAUUUACUUUCAUCUGCCAACAACUCCCAAACCUUCGCAACCUACAAGCUUUCUGUGACUUGAUAACUGAUCAGGGUUUCUCGCAGGGAGCUACUGAGCUUGGGAAGUUAACAUCUCUAAGWAUAGGUUCUCACAGGAUUCGUGCUGUGGCAAUCCAAGAUUCUUUUAAGAAUCUAAAAAGUGUUGAGCGGUUCGGCAUAAGAGCAAUCGGGAUAUCUGAAUAUGUUUUUAUAGAGAGGAUAAUCCAAGAAAUGCCUUGUUUAGCCAAGCUGCUUGUUUAUCGUUGCUCUCRUUCGAGAAAUCUCAGCAGCUUUAGYAUUAAUAAGACUUAUGAACUGUGUCGAAAAAAUGGAAUAAGUUUUAAAUAUGCUGGUCGUAGGUAUUGUAUAAAAUUACCUUACCAAGCACCAGAAAAUUAACUAGUAAUAUCAUCUUUUAAAAUGAUAUUAAAACUUUAUAAAAAAUAGAGUACUCAAUUGCUCUGAACAAAGGAAAAUUAGACUUCCAUUACAAAAAAUGGAAAAAGUUAAGUUCUAUUUAAAGAUUUUGCAAAAAUAAUGAAAAGUAUCGUUAAAAAAGGG